AUGAAUUCUAAAGUUCGUUCAUUGGCUCCGCCACCACCAAAUCGUCCAUUACCUCCCAUUCCAACCGCGGAACAGGAAGAAGCAGCCCAAAGAAAGGCUUCACCCACAAUUCUGACAAUUGGGAAUACUCAUAAUCAUCCCGUAAUAAUAUCACAAAGAAAAAAAUCUCAACCUAUGGAAGGUUCAAAAUCAAUCAAUCAGACUCCAAACAGAAAGUCACCUGCUAUACUCACUCCGAUUCUGAGUACUUCUCCUUUGACUGUUCAACAGAUUCCCACUCAAACGCAGACUAAUCGUCGUUCAGUUCCAAGAAUGGGCACAAAAAGCCAUCCACGUGGUGUUCAACAGCCCUCAGAUCCUGGUGAAAAUGGAAUUGAAUCCCGACUAUCUCCAAACGUUCCAGAAUUCUCUGUUCAUUCCACCUCUUCUUCGUCAUCCGGUUGCGAAGACUCUACACUUGGAUCUCGUAGAAUCAAUUCGGAAGAUUACAUGAAAAUCACCUCCGAUCCUUGCUUAUUUAAUGUGAAUCCCGGCUUCCAAAACCAAGAUUCUGAUGACGGUUAUACCUCCUUAAAUGCUCUGGAUAAUAUUAAGAAGCGGAAUCAGAAGUGUCUAACAAAAAAGAAGAGUUCCAUCUCAAAUGCUAGACGCCCGCUUUCUAAUUCCUCCUCAUCUAUUUCCUCCGCGACUUCAUUCGAUGAUGAAAGUACUCUGGUUUGCAUAAACGAAGAUUCCAAUGACUCCAGUAACCUACCAGCUGAUGGGAUGUAUCGACUGAAGGUCAAAUCAACUACAUCGCCUGUCAAUUCUGGCUCUCAAUUCCAUGGAAAUAAACGUCUGGUUCGGAAGUAUCGUGCUAAGCGGCGGGAAAUGGGCACACAUGAACCUCCCCUUCCUAAGACUGUGUCUCUAGACAGGGAUCACCGAAGGCGUAUCACUACCUCGAACUCUAGUACCUCACCGACCGCUGUUAACAAGGAAAAGACAAAGCAACAAAAUACUCGAGAUUCGCCUUGUCGGCUUGUCACUAUGCUAGUUGUCUAG